CAAUUAUGGCUGCUAGGAAAGCCCAAACACUAUGUUAAUAAGUGACGGCGUUUGAGCCAAGCGAAUUUGGCUGGCAAAUUUAUAUAAAUAGCGUUGGCGACAGUGAAUGAAGAUGGCGGUCAAUUUAACAAGGCUUCUCGCUCUUUUCAGUGUCUUUUGUGUCCUGGCUGAAACAGCUGGAUCUCUCCGUAUUGAGAAGUAAGUUUUAGCUUUAGAGAAUGCGGCAAGCGUGUGAAUUUUUUUGCAACGAAAACUUGAGGGGAUUUUCGUUUUGUUCUACAGUGUAAAGUCUUGGGCGGAUGAGUUGGGAAGAGUGCUGUCUGAGUUCUUCAACAAUACCACCCAGUACAGCAAAAUUCAAGAGGUUAGUGUGUUGUGUUUGCAUUUGUUCUGUGACUCACGCUUUUUAUAACUGCUUCUGUAUACUGUUAAAUAACGGAAACAAUACUUCGAAAUUCACCAGUUGGUUCACGCGUCAAAAAAUAUUCCUCUUCAUUGAAGUGAAUAAUUCGUGCAUGCAUGCAUCUCUGUCGUAGGACUACCAUCAAUCUAGUAAGCUAUCGACCACCGAUAGAAAUGGAAGUGCGAUUGCGGAGAAGAUGAAACAGCGCCUGGAGGGUAUUUUGCAAGGAAAGAUUGAGUCUAUCAGGGUUAGUUUCCGCUAAAUUUUGCCGUCUGAUCAAGUUGCAUGUGGUAAACGGUAGUUAGUAAAAGUGUGGCGUAAAGUGUUAGUUUUAUUUUUAGAUUGUAAAUUUCGAUAUUCCCCCCAAAAGCGCUAGCGCAGAGUCCAAGGCGAUGUGUUUUUUAAGCUGACCACUUUUUGCUUCCAUUUGUUGUCUUUUAAAUAGGCAACUUACGAGAAUUUGAUUUUCUUGUCCGAAAUGCGUGCAUCCGUGCAAGCACACUGGGCGUAGAUAAUUAUGCAUCUUUUGAGGCAUGUAGGAUACUAACCCAAGGAUAUCGAUAAAAAGAAAUCACCAUUUUUUUCUAGAUCUGAGCGUUUUCUUCAGUCUUGGGCUUUAAAAAUUUUAUGAGAGUUGAUUGGAAUUCAUGUUUUUAACUGACUUUUAAGUCAACGCAGCUUAUAUCAAUAAAAAUAUAUGGGUGUUUUAAUUUUGUUUUCUAUUUCUUGGUUUUAGCAUUUCGUAUUUCAAACCGUAUUUCCAACUACACUUUUCGCUCAAAUUAUAUUGUUUGUCUCCUUAUUGAUAUCAAUGUUUCUUCAAAUGUAAACAAAAUUCGCCAGUGGCAAAUAACUUAUAAAUUCGAGUGUGCGAUGGAUAUGCUGGCCAUGAAUUAUAUCAAGGCCAAAUUGAGUUAGAUUGUUCCAAUAUGCUUUAGAACGAAUUCUCCUCUUCACUUUACGGAUUUGGAAAAGCGUAGAGAGGAAAAAUUUAUCUAUAAAUAAUAUCACUGGGGUAUGAUUUUUAAUGCGGAAACUGCAUGGACAUUUUUAGCCGAAAUUUGUGUUUUUAUUAUUGUAAUUUUGAAAUCCUAAUUAAGAAGUCUUACAUUAAUUAUUUGAAAAAGAAUUGCUGAGAGAUUUGACACCUAACAAUUGUUAUCCAGAAAUUAUCAUGUGAAGUGUUUCUUGAAUUUUGUGGCUCAGUUAUCUUUUGUCAGCCAAGAGUAUUGAAAGCCCUAUUUCACUGCACCUUAAUGAAAUACUCUCCAUCUUGUCAAGUGUAGACCAAGCAUUCAUUACAGUAUUCGUCAUCCAAUUGGCCAAGUGGUUAAUAAAUGAAUUUAAGAGUGAUCUCAGUCAGGUUUUUUGUUUUGGCGUGGCAAAAAUUUUCAAUUUUUUUCAAGGGCCAUAAAGCUUUGAAAUUUUUUGGUGAAAGUUGCCAUUUUUUGAGGUGACAUGUAUUUUGUUUUGAAUAUGGAAUUUGCAUUUAUCAUCAGCCAUCUCAAAUAUUUGAUAACAAAAUUAUGUUGGAGAAAAUGCUUUCCAUGCUCUUAAUCCUUAGCAUUCAACACCCUCAGAUAGUAAUAAUGGUUACAUAGGAGGUUCCAGAAGGACUCCUUAGAAGGAUAAAAAUGUAACACACAUUUAAUCCAUAUCCUAGUGGCUAUUUAUAGUCCAGUCUAGAGCUCAUAUUUAUAGGAACUUUGAUUUUUCCUUGGAGUAGAAUCUUGCUUCAAAGGCUGCAGAACUCAGAAAGAAUUACACUUACAAGACUGGAUCUGAAAUUGAACAGGUUUGCAUCUUUUUCAAUUCCAUCCUGUAGAAUGAGUAGCAAAAGAAGUUAGCACACCUUGCCCCUCUGGGUGGUGUACAACCCUCCACUCAAUAGGAUUAACAUUAACAGAAAUCAUGUAAUUCAUCUGUAGUAAAUUACUUGGAAGUCCCCCCCCCAACCCAAAUAGGGUUGCUCAAAAUUAGUGAGGAUUUGUUACCACCUGGCAACAUUUAAAUGGGGGAGGGAAGGAGAUAAACAAAUUUUUUUUAAAAAAAUUUUAAAAGUAAUAGAGUAUACCAAUACCUAAGCUGCUCAAUCCAGUAUUACUUUCAGAAUCAUGCUGUACUCAGAUUGUGUAGCCAGGCAUUAAAAUUAGUUAUUAUACACAAAUGAUUUUAUUAUUUAUUUUAAAUUCAUAAUAUUGAAGGAUACUUAUCAUAUACAGAAGGUAUGGUCAAAGCUGAUUUUGAAAAAAAGAAAGAAAAAAUAACAAAGUUUUCUUAGCGCCUUACCUUUGAUCAUUAAAAUAAUUUCUUCAUGGUCCUCCUUUCUUCAUCGGCAUCCCUUGGCUUCAAGGUCAGGGAUGUGUCCCACCAUGCUUCUCCAUGGUUGUUUAAUUCCUUCAUGACCUCAGAUUUGCCUGUUCAAAACCUGCUUCCUCAAAGGAAGUCUUAGUGUCAUCCUUUUCCCUGAGUGUCCUAAUGCAGUCACCAAGCUGGUGGCAUUUAUUUUUCUAUUAAUUGCUCCUUUAGAUCAGCAAAUGACACAGUAGUUAGAUCUUUCUCUUUUUUUAUAUUCAGACUGAGUAUUUUAACACUAAGGAGCUGACAGGCUUGCCUCUAGAAAGAGACCCAAAGUUUUCUGAGAAAGUUGCUAUUAACAAGUCUAGCAGUGUUGUACACAUACCAACUGAUGUUUACAGUAGGGGUGAGUGCAGUCUGAGCUUAUCAAAGCUGUUCCUCUGUAACCUACUUCUGUAGUUAAAGGCACCAGACAAUCUGUGCUUGAACAUUAAGAAUUGAGGAACUCCUGGCAGGAACAGGCCAUCAGUAACCAUUGUGGCUGAGUUUUAAACAUUCCAUUUAACUCUGGGAUGUUCCAAUUGCUGAAAGGUCUAAAAUUUGACUCAUGCCAUGAAUAUUUAUUUAGUAGUGUUGUUUUGGAGUGAAUAUUGUAUGGAUACUUGGAUUUGUCUUGGAUUUAUCUUUGUUUGGUGGUAUCCAUUCUAAAGCAUGACAAAGAAUUUCAGAUUCCUUCUCUAGCUUAGUUUUUCUUGUGUAGAGCAAAAGAAGUCAGAAGAAAGAGAGUUUUAUUGACCAAAAUGAAAAGGUGUAAAGUGGUGUUUCUUUACUUUUCAACCUGUAGUUUAUCUCCUCUCUUCUCCCUCUCUUUUUGUGGUCAUUGCACAAUUGUCUUCUCUAUAAUAGGGGUGAAAAUUCUCAAUACCAUUAAUUGGACGGAUGGACUGAAUAAAUACUUCAAAGAAAAUGAACAGAAAGACCCUUCACUAUUGUGGCAGUAUUUUGGAAGCUCUGAUGGAGUUUAUAGGGUGUAUCCAGGUUAGAUUGCAAUUUUAAUGAUUUCAUUUUUGUGACCCAGUAUUUAUUCACAGGGUUUAUUCUAGAGAUUAGCCAAACCUGAUCCAGAAAACCCUUCUUCUCUAGUUAAGGGUUGCUCUUUUUCAAGAAAGGGAGUCAGAGAAAGGUGUGGUAGCCUAAAAGGUGCUAAUCCAGAAAAAGUACUACUUUAAAAUUAUAGCACUUUUGCUCUGGGAAUAGUUCUCUGUAUCCCAUCUGAUCCCAUCUGACUCUUGGACAUAUUAAAUUUUAUGUAGCUGUUCUUUUCAAAGCCUGCAAACCCAAGCUCUCUGAGAUCCUUAAUGUACAUUUAAGGUACAACAAGAUAUCAAUAAGUUACCAUGAGAAAUUUUUUUUUUUUUUCAAUUUUGGGGUAAACAUUCAACAACUGCUAUUCCUCAUGAUUUGAGUCAAACUUGAGCCUGGGAAAUGAUGCGAUGCAUGGUUUGGACAAACUCAGCAAAAUAAUCAAGUUGUUUAUGAUUCCCAGGUUUCGAGUGGGGGAAUACUGGGACAGACGUCUACGACAAUAGAAGACGCAGCUGGUAAUAAAAAUUUGUACCUUUUAUUUGACUUCAAAUACGUAUAUCGCAUCAUUAUGGAUAUAUUAAUUUACAUCCAUGCAAACACCCGCCGGUAACAAUCCAAGCUGGAAUCUUUUCAAAUACCAUGAAAAGCAGCAAAAAGCUUUUGACUAAAUAUGCUGCAAAAUUAAGUCCCCAAUUUGACAACCUGUUCUCCAGUGCUGUCAGCUGUCAUGUAGCAAGCUGCAAAGUUGUUACACAGUAAUAACCCUUUAGUUUCAGAAGUGAUUUAACUUUACCCUAUGAUAUCCAUACAUUAUCAAGCAAACAGAAAUGAGAACACUCUGACUUAUCAGGUUGAAGGUGGUAUCUUGAUCUAACAAAAAAUUCUUAUAACUAAUUUACAAGGAAAUGUGUGAGAGCAUCCAAUAAUCAUUUUCUAGACAAAAAGAAUUAUACUGAUUUUAAUCAGAUUUCACACUAAUCCUGGAUUGUCAUAACCCAGUUUUGAACAAUCCAGCCCAGUUUCUUGAAAGCCUGUUCAUACAUUAACAGCAUGUAUGAAUUACUACAUGGUACUGCCUAUGAGUGUAGGCUUGAGCAAUAAUUUUUGUCUUCUUCUUACUGAUAGGUAUAUUCAAGGAUCAAGUGCACCAAAAGACUUAAUUAUGGUGCUAGACUUGUGAGUAUAAAGUUUGUAAGAAUUUCAUUUCAUUUUGAACACUGGAUGACUAGAAGCUGGUCAAAAUCUUUUACUUUAUUGUGGGGGCUUGGGCCAGCUUCACUCACACAUUUAUUCAGGAUUCAAUUUAACUCUUAAGUGGGGAUGUGAAGAAGAAGUAAAUUCUUAAGGAAUGGGGUUACAGUAAAAAGACUUUUACAAAAAUGUACUUACAUAUGAGAUGGGAUGAAAAAUGUAAAGAUACUAUGAGACAAAAAAACUCGCCAAAGGCUGAGGGAAUGUACAAGACAUGAAAGACUUCAGACAUAGCUGAACACAAAAUAGAUCACGCAUUGCAAAAAGGGGUGUAAUGCGUGAUAUAUAAAAGGCUCUGUAAUUUACAUAAAGUGCAAAAAUAAUGGUGUAGAAAUAGUACAGGAAAAACAAAAGAUAUGUGUAAAUUAAUGGGAAUGGAAAUAUAAAAGACCUUUUUCUGAGAAAUCAAAAAAUUGCACAUUCAUCACAACAUUUAUAUUUGUACAUAUUAUCAAGAGUUGAAACUUAAUCUAAAUGUACUUAAUUAAUCUAACUCUAAUUCAAAGCCUAUCUCUUUUGUUAUACUUUUUCUCAUCUAUAUAUGUGAAUACACGAUCAGUAAUUCCAUGUAGUUGUUAAUUUGAACAGUAAUUCUGAGUUGCAUCUACUUCCUCACCAAAUUGAUUGUCAGUUUAAAGUAAGCAGGAUUGUCUGAUGAAAUCUAAUGAAUAAAUAUUUUAAGUAUAUUCAAAAUAAUUACAAAAUUAGUGUCCUAUACUUUUUGUUUAAGUGGUGAAUACAUUGUCUUCUGACUGCUUGUUACAUCUUGUUACAUUAGAAGUGGCAGUAUGGCUGGUCAAAAACUGUCCAUUCUUAGACUUGCAUCAUUGUCAUUGCUUGAAACACUGCAAGAAAACGACUUUGUUAAUAUUGUUGCAGUGGUGAGUGAUUUUAAAAUAAAUACAAUAGUUGAUAAACUUCCAGCUAAACCCUUGAUAACAAUACUAGGUAUCAAGUUGCUUCAAAUGCAGUUUUGAGAUCACUAUAUUACAUUUUGUAAUAUUUGAUUUUCAUAAAUUUACUCACAUUAGUAUGAAAAGAGAUAUAUUUGAAUCAAUUAGCUUCCCUCUCAGUAACCUUUAUUAUACUGUAAAUUUGAUUUUUUUGCCAUAUGAAUAUAAAACUGCCAAAUGUAACUUUGAAUCACUUUUUAAGUAAAAUGUGAUGCAGUAACUUAAUGUGACUCAUAAAUCAGAAGCUUAAUUUAGUUAAUUAACUUGAAAAAAGGUAUUUGAUAGAAACAGAAACUUUCAUUCUGUUGCUGCUUUUCCAUAAUUAAAAAUUAAACUUGACACUUAAAAAAGGAAUUGUUACAAUUUAUCCUACUAGUGUUUGAAAAAUAAAGUCUUAAUAAAACUUCUUUUCUUUUCUAAGGGCAAGUUUACAUUUAUGUGCAGUACGAUCAUGUGUUUUGUGAUUAUUAAUUAAUUUAAGUUCUGUUUUUCUUUAGUAUGAAGGAGAACCUGUAAUGUUGUGUCAGUUGACAAAAGAUGGGAGUAGGAUACCAAAUGAUGACCUGGUAAAUAUUUGAAUUGUUCUAACACUUUUAUUGCUCACUGAUGUGAGUACUAAAAUGAGAUUUAAGAGACUGGUGUACAUCAUGAUACCUGUUCAUAAUAAGAUAAUUUGCCUCUCAAGAAAGCUGUGGUGAUGAAAUACAAGCUGUUUUGUGCAAUCUGCAAGUGCUUAUUAUACAUGAAGUUAUGUGUUGUGAUGAUGCAGAAUCAAAUAACUAAAAGCAUUAUUCUUUACUACAACUGUUAAAUUUGUAGAGGAGUUCCCUCCCACCAAACAUCUUGCAAUUUUAGUAUACAAUAUGGAAUGAAAUAUUACAAACAAAAAUCAUUCACCUAAUUUGGUAAAAAUAUUUGCAUUGCUAGCAAAACAAAAAAAGAUAAUGAACUACUUUCAAUAGAAGGAGCAGAAUUCUAACCCUACACUACUUUACCUAUGCAACUAACAUAAAAGUACUUAAACCUACCAAUAUAGUUAUAUCACCUAUCUAAUACCCUGAAAAAGGGUUGAAGCCAGUUCCUGAGUGAAAGACUAAGUUACAUUAGACUGAAGUCAUUUGUUAAUGCUGUUAUAUUUUUAGCCUACUGCAGAAUGCAGCAGGCAACUGUUGCAAGCCACUGCCCAGAAUAAAAAGGUUUGUGACUUUGCUCUUUCUUUACUAACAUUUUCUUUUGAAAACUAACAGUUCAAUUUCUGUCAUCUUACAAUGAUCUUUAUUCAGAGGAAGUUUUUUUGGCCUCUACUUUUUCUGGGAUUGUUAAAUUUGAUAGUUAUGGUAGUUAUUUAUUAGUAAGGAACAUUUUAUGCUUUUAAGUUUUAUUAUUCCCAUGAGCAAAUUUCGUAUAUAGCUGACAUAGAAAAUGGAAAAUGCGCAAGAGAACUCAAGAUCCAACUGGCUGUCAGUUACAUUGAUAUUGUAUAUCCACACUAUUCACACUCUUAUUAAUUGCUAUCCAUUUUAUUUUCAAUAGUUUUUACAGCAGUUUAUUCCUCAAAAUACUUUUGCUAAGGGGAUUGCAAGAGUCAGUACUGGAUUUCAAUUAGCUAUUGAUGUGUUGAAGGUAAUAUUUAAUAAUGAAGUAUAAAUCUGAUGCAGCAGGAGAAUGGGGAGAAUGGAAACUUAUUUAUUUUAAUCUUCCUUCUUGUUAGGUACAAAUUACAAUGUUGUUAUUAAACAACUGCAAGCUUUUACAGAUCUGAUGGUUGAAAAUUUUAUUAUUGUACAACUUACUAUCCCCUUCUCCUCUUUCCACACCCAAUUAUUAUGAUUAAAAUUACAAUGAUUGCUGUUCUUGGCAUAAUUAUUAUUACUAGCAACUUGUCUCAUCUACAGCUGUUGUUGCUUUCUGACCCUCCUUAGCUGGUGCUGUCUUCUUCCUCCUUGUUUGCCUCUUUGUCCUAUUAAUAAUCAUUCCUGCCAUAAUUAGAAUUACUGGUUUAAGUCACCUGUCAAGAGUAAUUGAAAAAAAAAAAUUGCUAUUUUUUUUCCUUUUUUUAAUUAGGACUCAAGAGAAAAGCGGAAUUUUUCAUCAUCAAACUGUACACAAGCAAUUGUUCUUUUCACUGAUGGAAUGGAGGACAGCCAACACGAACUAAGUGAAGACAUAUUUAAAAAGGAAAACGAAGAUAAAAAGGUUAGCACAUUUUAUCAAUAAAAAUCAGUAGACUUACUGAUCCUUGUCAAGAACAAUAGAAAAUUAAGAACCAUUAUCAGCUGAAAAGAAUUAAUUAAGGCUUUUACUCCUGAGAGUGACCCAAAAUGAAUUUUUCAAAUACAAUAUUAACACAUUUUCAAGCAGAAAUGAGAUGAGAAGAAAGGAAAUGUCAAGUAGGUGAUACUGUUUGAUUAAACACCCAAUUCUCAUAACUAAAAUGAUAAGAUAGGUGCAAUAAAUAGUCUAGAGAAUUGAUAUUUAGAUCCUGAGAGUGAGGGCUGGUUCUUUCUGAUUGAUGACAGCCCAUGAUGACCUGUUGAAAACCUCAGAGGAAGCAAAAAAACAAAACCUCUUCUCUAGAUCUUAGGAGUUAAAAAUAUUUAAAAAAGUGAAACAUUGUUGAUGUCAGGGCCUAAUUGUUUGAGGUUCAUGACUGAAUAUUUGUGGUGUCCUGAUGCCAGCAUCCUUGGAAUUAGAACCACAAAGUGUCUGUAACUGACAAACAUGUAAUUCUCAUCAAAUAACUCAAUGUUAAUGUAGUGAAAUGCGGAUUUCAUCAUUAUUUAUUUAUUAUUUUUCAUUUCAUUUGUUAUACAGAUCCAUGUUUUUACUUACCUUGUUGGGAGUGAAAAAGGAGCCAAGUUUGAGCCAUUGAAGGGCAUUUCUGAUACUAAUGGAGGUAUCUUAUGACUCUCAGUGGUUUUGGAAAAUAUGGGAAGCGACAUUAUUUGAUUUUAGAGAAUUGAUGAUCUCUUGAAAGAGCUUUCAGGCAACAGGGGCAUUUUAAAGAAUUUUCCAGCUUGGAAAAAUGCUACAGCCCAAUUUUUAUCAAGCUUGCAACUCUUGCACCAUUAUGCCUUGGUAUCAGUAGGGAAAGCUGGGCAGAAUUUGGUAUUUAAAGGGAACAAGUGAGAUAUUUCAAAUUGUUCUGAGGGUUAUGCCUCUUGGUCAUACCUGAUCUUGGUCAAACCUGAGACUGUUCCACAGUCAGGUUGACAAAGCCAAUAUUUAAAAGCUCUAAAAAAAACUGUUCUGAACAAACAGAGUAAUUUACUUUCUAAUUUUAUUUGAACAAAGGUUGCUUGUUUAAUAUACAAACCCUCUCAGAUGUAAGGGAAAAAGUUCUGGUAAGUGUCAUGGAUUGUCCAAUUUAGUGGUUAAAGCAUAAAUUUGAUGAGGUAGCUAGGUCACCAUCAUGUGUUUAUUUGAUUUAAUUUUUAAAUUGACAGAGCAGCGAUCCUUGUUAUAAAGACAGAAUCAAACCCAGAUGAUACAUUUAUUUUGCUCAACAAAUGAAACUGUCUAAAAAUGUAUCUUUUCUUUCUUAUCUUUGUCAGUCAUAUGUAUCAGUGCUCAGUCGUCCAUUAGCCUUUGCUAAGGGUGGACCAGACACAUCCUGGACCCCAAUUUACCUUGAUCAACUGGUAAGCUGUAUUUUGUUUGGUUACUUAAAUUCUAGAUAGUUUCCAAUGGUUAUUGGGAGGUCUUACAACUGUAGAUCACUUUUUUCACAGAGUGCAUCUCAUCUUUUGUAAUAUUAAAGGAAACACUGGCUUAGCUCGUUCUGUGCGCCUACAGAAUACAUGUUUUUGCCCUACAGUUUGCAAAGAUGUGAAAUACAUAUGACUGUGUGACCUUCAGUUUACUAUAGUGUGUAAGAGGGUACACUUUCUGCUUUCUGGUCUUCUUUCAGCAUUUUCUUUCAACACUUUUCUUUCAUGCGAUAAACAUCCUACCAACCCUUUAUUUCCCAUCCAUUCUGUAAAUGUAAGACCCCUUCCCAUUCUUUUUUUUUCUUUUUUUUUUAAUCUCAUUUGGAUGGUAGGUAUACCUGAGCCUGAAACUAUACAAAUUUGUGAAACUGUAUUUCAGGUUUUAGAGCGGAUUGACAAAAUUUCUUAUGUUCUGUUAUUUUUCAUGUGUAGGGACUCGGCUUAAUGAUCACACUUGUGGCUCCAGUGUUUAACAUCACCAGUCCUGUAUGUAAAAUGAGGUCACCUAGUGUAAUCUAAUCCCCUUGGUCCUGGCAAAUAUCAGUAGACUUCGAGCGUGAAGUAAAAAAAAUCAGUGAAAAAAUUAAAAAAAUAUGUUAGCGCGUUGUGCGGAACUCUUGGGGUGAGGCGCACGAAAAGGACAGGGUUCCGCGCGGUGGGUUAACUGUAUUGCCCCUUUUUUUUCCAAUGACUUUUGUUGACUUGGACGACGGACUUUGCCGGGAAAAAGGGGCCUGCUCGUUGUCUAAUGUAUCAGCGUGCUACUGAGCUAAUCAAAAGUGUGAAGAGUAAGAAUGCACCUUUCUUGAUAUCCUGACAUUCAAAGUGCUUGCAUGAAAGACAUAUACGUUCUGUGAAAAGAUUUCUAACUUUCAUUACAGUCUGAGCUAUUAAAUUUACCUUUUUCUUACAGCAGAAAUCUUUAACCUUUAGGAGGGAACGUCUUUUUCUUCUAUUCAGUUUUUUUUAGGCCUAGGGGUGAAAUUGCCUAUUCUGAAAUAACCAUACAUAAGGCCUCUUAUGACUGGUCUUCUGUUUUGUUUUGUUUUGUUUUUUUUAUCACUUACAUGAUAUCAGGAAGAUAAAGGACAACUGCUGGGAGUGGUGGGAACAGAUAUGCCAUUACCACAACUGGAGGGCACUGUCCCAUUGAGUGAGGUUGGUCUCUGCAGAAUGAUAACUAACUGUUAAACCGAAAACGUUCAUUACUCAAGAUGUUAGUUUCUUAAAUUCCGGAUGCAAUUAUUUAUUUAUUUAUUAUUAUUGAUGAUCAAAUGCCCGUUUAUUAUGGCUGACCAAACUCUCUUGUUCCCUCUCAUAUUCAGGUCGGGGUGAAUGGGUAUGGCUUUGCAAUAAACAACAAUGGCUUUGUAGUGUUCCAUCCAGGCCUCAAUAAGCAGGUAUGAAUCCCUCUCUCCUUUUGUGCCUCAUCUACCUUUAACUGUUACAUAAGGCUCUUUUUAUGUUAAAUUAAAGUAUUAGAAUUUAUGAUAACAGAAUAAAUGUAAGACGCAUUAUUGUAUGUAUAUUAGGAAGGCUUAUGUAGAAGAGUAACUUUUAGUACUAAGAGUAACGUAAAUGGUAAAGAGGUGAAAUUUUAUUUGAAGUAUUAAAGCGCAUAAAAUAAGAGUAACUAUAACUCUUUUUUACCAGUUUGCUUGUGUAAUAAACAGAAUAAGUUUCUUCUUAGCUUAAGACAUUUCUCUUAGAAGAUGUUUCCAUUUGAAACAUAAAAUCCUUGACCACAUUUCUUUGUCAAAUGGACCCUGACGCAAAGUGAUCAUUCCAGCUGUGAAAAAAAGAUCAUUCGACCUUAUAAUGCAUGGUUAUCUCUAGCCUCUUCUUGCCUUUGCUAAAUUUAUCAGCUUUAAAAACUCCUUGCGGUAGCCAAUUUGCUUUUUCAACUCAGGAGAUAAAACCAAAUUUUCUUGUAACACCGUCACCGACGCAGCACCACAGUUUCUUUAGAAACGUACCGACUUUGUUCAGCAACCAUGCCGAUGGCAUUUGACUGACAGAUAUUUUUGUGACUGUUGCUGUGACGUCUGCGCGGUUGUUAAAACGUCCUUCGUGGUUGUCGAAACGUCCUUCGUGGUUGUCGAACGUCCUUCAUAGGCAACAGUUUUCGAUGAAUUUCUCUUGCCCAGUCUACAUUCCUCUUACCCAGUCUUCAUCAUCUCUACUGAACUAUCCCUUUUAAAAGUGGAUGCAUACAUGUCAAGUCCUCUCUCUACGCUUACUGGGCCUUCCGUUCUCAUUUUUUCUAUGAAUUUGCUUCAGUUUUCAUUCUGUUUCACUUUUGUUGAUUUUUGUCAAAGUGGGUUAGGAAGCAUGGCAAACCGCCCAAAGAAGCAAAAUUGGCUGAUAACAAAGUUGUAAGUGUGACUGCAGGUUGUCUUACUUCCAAGGAUGAACUGUUGAUAAUGAAAUUUCCCUCCAUUCCUGCAUGCGAAUCAUAUCAUCCUGCUGUACAAUAUAUCACGGAGUUAUAAGGGUGAUGCUGGGUGGGAAGAAUGGAACGAAUCAUCCACAAGAAACCGUCUCAGUUUUUACGGUUAAUCAAGUCAUCGUUACCACUAAUGUUGUUGUUGUUGUUAUUGUUAUUGUUAUUGUUAUUAUUAUUAUUAUUAUUAUUAUUAUUGUUAUUAUUAUUAUCAGUUGUGUUGUUCAGGGGAAUGAUUAAUGGCCAGUUUUUCCAUUCUGUCUCUGAAAAUAUAGAUAAAAUGAUCGGUAAAAUUUGAUGGAGAACUAGUGGAUCUUAGUGAUAGGAGAAAAGAGAGAUUCAAAACUACGUUUACCCUUGAAAAUGUUGACUUUUGUUGCGAGGAGAUUGAUCAUUUAGUGCCGUGACAUCUUACGGAGAUUGAUCUCUGCGACCUUUACAAAAGUGUUUUCUUUUACUAAACUUUUGAAGAAAAGUCAAUAUCACUUUAUUGUGCAUUUUUUUUUAAUGUAUGCAUGUGGGGGAGAAGUGCUGGAGUUUGUUACUGUAAUUUGAUUUUGCUUUACUCAUUGAAAUGUAUUUCGUCUUGAACAUUUUGGGAAAAGUUCAAGGAAUUUAGUGUAUAUAAAAAUCUCGAUGAAAUGAUAGAACCAACUUCAGUGGCAACCUUGCAGUAACUUGCAUGUGCAGAGUAUUUUUCAUCUAGAACAUUCCCUUGAUUUAACUACGUAACACUCUUUAUAAAAUAGAGUGCUGCUUCUGAAUAGUCUCUGUGUGACUAUGAUACUUUUCUCAUGAACGAAGAAAGAGAGAAGGCAAGUAUCAUAGUAACACAGAAAGUCUAUAGAAGAAACCAGCACUAAAUAUUAAACUGAAUUUAAAGAUUAAAAUCCAGUUAAAAAGACCACUACAGGUCUUAAAUUGACGUUGAGUGCACUCUUAAACGGGGUUUACGUCUAGCAAAAUCGUCUUUUAUGAUAAGGCGGUAAAUAUGGGAAUUCAUGCUUUAUUUAGAUUUAUUAGUGCGGAGCUAAUUGUUUGUUCAUGAUUGUUAUCUCAUAUUUUCCACACGAAGCGUUUAUUUGCUCUGCAAUAACCCGAUAAUGUAGUAUUACAGUUGGAAGAUGUUUAAUUGAAUGUCUAAAGUCAUCCGGGUACUUUGGUCUACUUCGCUCUGUGAUUGGUCCCAAGAACCUGUGGCACAUUUUCAACCAAUCAGAGGCAGCACUAAAACAAUCGCGACUUGAUAAAUUACGUUUUCCCGCGGUUGAGGGGAUGGCGCGAGUUUUCUGAACCAAUCACAUAGCUGAGUUGAACAAAAAUGAGAAAAGCAGGCUUUACUUCUGCACUCAACUGAAAAUUGCUUUAUCAUGAUGUAGCUUGUAUUACCCAGGACAUUUUAGAGAUGUGUGCUAUCUCAUUCGCAAACGAGUGAAUAGUCUUGUUUCUUGCAAGAAUCACUCUAUAUGAGAUGGUUAGAACAGAGAAGCUGUAACUAAUUUUCAAAAUGGUUGCGUGGUUCUUUACUGAGGUUUCUGAGGGAGAAACAAAUGGAAUGAAAGAAAAUGCUGUAUUAUUCUGAUAAUCACUUGAGUCAGUAAACGAGCAAGAAAAAGUUAGGGUCUAGGAAUAAACGACAAAACUCCUUUCUUACUUGGAAAUUUAUUUUAUUGUGAAAUAUACGUAAUUCCUGGCAUUGUGUUAACAAAAUCUCUAUCAGAAUUGCGUUAGAUUUGUUACUAACGGUGUCACUCACAUGAUCUGUUCUGUUUUUCUUUUUUUUUGUCAUUGUGUAGAAAGAUCCCCCGAACAUUGCCCUAAAUGAAGUGGAAUACAAUCAGGAAGGCGCCAAGAAGGUAGGCCUGUGUAGGAAAACUGGACUACGGUGGUUUUGACGUUUUUAAGUGCAGCAUUUUCAAAGGGUGGUAAAGGGCUCAACAGCCUUUUUAGCGUGCGUUAUCCCUUUAACUCCCAAGAUCUGAUUGUUAAUUCUCCCCUCUAGCUGCUAGACAUUUCCUUGUAAAUUAGUUACGAGAAUUUGGUAGAUCAAUAUGAAAACUUCUGCCAGAUAAGUUUGAGUAUUCUUAUUACCUGCUUUCUGGAUAGUGUAUGGAUAUUAUUGGGAGAAGUUGCAUGAUGAUCACUUCUGGGUGUUAAAGGGUUAAGGAAGUACAAUGCAGGCUGACGCCACUUUUGGAAAACGAACUGUGAAAAACAAAGUUGAUGUGGAAAGUAAAGUUUGUCUUAAAACAGUAGCUGAAUGCGUAGUGACAGGUACACAAGCCAGUUCUCUGAUUUGUCCUCUUGUUAUCGUUUAAGCAGUUAACGAAGGGAGAAUCCUCUUUCAAGUUUAAGGCGUUGCUUACGCGCUUGAACAGAACAGCACAGUCGAGGUUUCUUUUCUUUUUGAAAUGAAAUAUGGGCGACUGACAGUUUUUGAGCAAUCUUUAUACAAGACCAAGUCGUGAAAGCAUCUGAUUACAAAGCUUUGGAUCGAUCUGGAACACCUGUUUAGGACACCACCAUACUUUCAAAUUCACGAGCGUGUAUCGUUCUUGUGCAUUUGCCAGGAGGCCACGGAGCGGUUUUUGUACUAGCAUUUUUCAAGUUGUUUUUUUUUCAGUCGACUCCACUCUUAGACAUACUAGUUCUCUCGUGGUUUAAUGUGCUUUCUAAGUAGUUUUCUGUUUCCCCUUUUGGAUAAUUUAUAAUCCCCUAUGAUUUUAACGAUAGUUUUGUGCAGUGCAUAUAAAUAAAGAGCGAUAGCAUUAAGUAGCGAUGCUAUCUCCUAGCAGUGAUCAUAUAGCUGAUCAUAAUUGUCUGUUUAGCUGGUGAACACAACAACAAAGAGCCCUUGAAUACAUAUUUUAUAUGUGACUUUUUCAGCUUAUGCGCGAGAUGAUUGAUCGAGUGACUGGACACAUGAAUUUUACAAAUCGCUUGAUAUCUGAUGACAAGGUAAUUGUGAUUUCAUAUGUUAUGAGUAAAUUGAAGUCUUUGUUUUUGAUAAUUAGCCUGCCCGCAGAUAAAGAUGAGGCCUUAAGGAACGCAAGUCGGCUGCAGGUCUGAGGUCUAGCACUUCCCGACUUCCGGCAUCCAUUCUCUACUCGUCUGAAAUCUUUUCGUGGGCAGAGAAACGCGCGUCGAGCAGCGCCUGCUCCCAAACUUUUUGAAGCUGUGCUACACUAAAUACUUAAAUUAGUUACUCUUAAGACUUUUGUAAUACCCUGCCAACGACUAAGACUAAGUAGUACUAACUCAGUUACUACUACGUGACCAAAAAAAACAAAAACCAGAGAUUUGCUUCAAAUUUUGCAUGUACAUUUUGUCAGUAUUUUUGAAUGACGUUGGUGUAUUAAAAUGGGAGCAUUCGAGUCGUCAGAGGUUACCUUUGAUGGAUUUGACUGUGGUAAAUUUCCACUUAAUUUGUACAGCUCAGACUAAGCUUGGAGGACAAUUUUCACUUCUUCUACAGUCCUGUGGACAACACAUCUUUCAGGUAAGCUUCAAUCGCUGAGUUGAGUUCUUCAAAUUUUUAAUCGUUGUAGAACGCAUCUGUAGAGUCUACGAUAGCUGAUUUUAAAAUUAGGUUAUUCAAAUGAUUAGUAAGAGUUAAACUCAAAAGAUCAAGUGGGGCUUAUUCUGGGUCCUAUUCCUGGCCAGAUUGGAUCAGAAGUGGUGCCCUAGAAAACAAAAUAAACCCCUAUGAACAUUUAAUUAUGCAUGAAAGGGUAGUUUUUCGCGACCUGCCCGCUAUUGCGAUACUUUGUUCGAUAAAUUGCGGAUCGUUUGAUCGCCAUUAAAACAUUUUGCACACUUACGGAGCAAGCUAAUGGCGUUUAACGUUAGGUCGGCAAGACUUAAUCGUUUGAAAAGAGAAAGUGUUCUUUGGAGAGGUUCUCCAGAAUCGUUAUGUACUUAUGAUUUCUGCUUCAUUAAAAGAAAAUUUUGAUUUUCAAGUGCUGCUGUUGCUAUCCCUAACUAUGGUCUCAAAUUGCUUCAGGCAAAAGACAUGAACGUCGAUGGUAUGUCACCUCAUUGCUUGAUCUUCUGAUCUUUGUUGUGCAAACAAUUUUGUUUUGUAACGGAUGAGGUGAUGUUUUUCAUUGUUUCUGUUUGUUGCAGAUGCAGAUGUAGAGACGUAUUUAUCCAGCUCUAAGAAUGGCGAGGAUGUGAUAGUAGCUCCUUGGUGAGUUUAUGUUGUUGUAAAGUGUCAUUAGAAUAUUAAAACUUAAGGAGCGGCACCUGACUGUGUCAAGUGUCACUGUAUCUAAGCGACAAUUGCGCGUGCGUUCUUCAUAUUCCUAUCGUACUCACUUAUGACGUCAGCAAACAAAUGCCUUCAGAAAAGAAAUUCCUCCACGACUGACUGCGAAGUUCCCGCCUAGUUUGGCAGCGAGCUUUGAGUUUUCAAGAUGGUUAUUUUGUUCCAUCCCGAUUGAGGUAGACUUCCAGGGGCUCAAAAUGAACUGUAAAUAUCCUAACGGAAAGUCUAUUUAGAAAAGAAUAGUCUUUGAGCGUAAUGAAAUAAGCUUUCAGGAUAACGAUACUUUGAUUCUCAAAUGCGAUACAAAAUAUGGCUGGAAAAUGAAAACUGAGUUUGCUGACUCAAAUUGGGGCUUCGCCACUUUUCAACCAUUCUUUGGACCGGUAAAUAUUACCUUUAAGUGUUGACAUUUGCUUAACCUAAUGUCCAACAGACGAUUUUGUUUUGAUUCUGACCCAUUUCCGAAUAUUCUGUAAUAUGAAAUGUAGUCAGUGGCAAUACACGCGGAAUAUUGCCUUCAGUCAUUGUAAUUAUUAGGGGCACCACGAAGGACACUUUGGUAAUUAUGUAACAUGAAGGACCCUGAAUGUUUUGCUUUGGCUUUUCCCUAUACUCAGUCAUUGCCAGUACCAAAGCACAAACCAAACCAAGCGCUUUAUGUAACGAAGCCUUUAAUUUAUUGUGUACUUAAAAGCUUUGUUACUCUUUUUUAUCAGGGAGAUAUGUCGAGGCACUCCGGUGGCUGCAAAGGAGACGACGCCAGUGUACAAACCAUCAACUGCAAAUGCUACUGACAUAAUCGAUGACACGAAUCGAGCCAAUAAUUGUAUGCUAUCCGUCUAAUUCACUUAAUCAUCCCGUUCAUUGCAUUCCAUUCAUUCCAUUUUAUUUUAGCUAGCAUAGCCGGUUUACAAAUGAAGGGAGAGAGAAAAUUUUAUUCUUGCAAACUGCGAUUGUUUUAGGAAACUCGAGGAGCUGAUGGGUGGUGCGCGAAACUCCGGGUUGAAAUGUCAGGAUUCGAGCCCCGGCCGGGUCAGGUCGUUUUGCUGUGUUUACGGGCAGAACAUGUUCCUCCUGCAGUACCUCUCUCUUUUCCCACGAUUAUUAAUGUAUACCGGCAAAAUCUCAGAGUCUUAGAGAACCCUAACAGAUUGCAGAACUGGAGGGAUGGAUAUAACUCUUAAUAGACAGGCAUCCGAUUCAGGAGUGGUAACACUCCUUGUCGCUUUAUACCACGGAGACUGGGUCGCUUGCAUUUUGUGGGCAACUUUCCUCGAUAGCAGACUUAACUUUCUCAGCGCGUUUGUUAGAAUUUGAAAAAAACGAUUUCUGAUCGGAUCAAACGGGCUUGGUUCGCGCUCGCAUGAAAUCGCACAUCAAACAAAUGAGGCGCGCGUGAAAUCUCUGUGAUUAUACAUGAUCUCCUAACUAAAAUAAUUUGUGAAUUCUUAGGUUUCUUAUUCAGCUAUUUCAGCAACAAAUAUGUAUUAGUUUCUCUUGGAGCAAGACUUAUCAGCUGUUUGCUAAGUACCGUAGGAAGCAGAGGAACCUAAUGUCAUCUCUUUUUGGUCUCAGGUGAUAAAUAUAAGCUGCAAAAUUUGCUUUUUGAUGCAAAUUUGACGAAAGAGAGAGCAAGCAAAAAAUGGAAUGUUAAAAAAAUGGAAGAGUAAGUUUUCUUCCCCUCUCAAAUGUCUCUUACGAAAUCUAUGUCAGCACAUAGCUUAUCACGACCUCUCUUUUCGCAGAGACAAAAUUCACAGUGUGUUCGUAGCAACACAUGGAGGCAUUAUGAGAUUUCUGAAGACAGGGUAUGUACAAGGCUCUCAAUUUUCAAAGGUGCUACGUAGCAGUCUGUGCAUCUUUAAAAAAUUCAGGCCAAAUUUGAAAUGCAGAUAAAAACGCAAGAAAUAAUUCUUUUUCUGAGCAUUUAUCUUGGUCUUUGGGAACGUUAAAUUUGUUUUAAAACUCCUAAGGCCGAAGAAAAAGUUAGAAAUUCAGCUGACCGUAGCUGCCCGUGAUCAGAGCAACAAAAUACUCAACGUUUUUCCUAGUUUUUUGUUAUGAAACUUUUUUUUCUGGAAACCGUGGAAAAAACAGGGUUUCUGAAGCCUUGAAAAUAUUGUUAUCGUCUGUGUGGGGAGGGGUGGGGGUACUUAGUCUUCUAAGACCUCUCGAACAGUUCACUCCACCAUUUUAACUUAGAGUUAUUUAGACAAUAAAGACAGUAAAUCACAUAAUAUCUGUGUGAGUUAAGAUAAAUUAGGUUUUUUUUUCUGUCUCUGUGAUAUUUUCGUUUUUUGAAAGUUAUGCUCUUUUCGGUGACAAAAACGAAAACAUUAAGUACCACAAAUUGUCCCAUUUCAACCCACCCGGCCAAAAAAAUAAUAAAUCUUGCAUGCUACGCAUGCCUAUGUUUUUUAGGAUUAGUAUUGUUUUUUUUUUCUAUUUUUUCGAAAAGUGCGUGCUUCACUUAGAGCAUAAGACACACGUCAGUAUUAUUUUUUAUCUAUAGGUGUAUCUAAGACAUUGCAUUUUUUUUCUCUGAAUUGUCUCAAUGUAGGUCUGCAGCACCAUUUACAACGCGAGACUUCAUGAAGGAGCAGUUCUACAAGGAAGCUGCCCAAUAUGCUCAAAAAGAAAAAAACGUCAUUGUUCUUUCAAUUCCCUACAGAGGACAAAACAAAGGUAUAUGUUUUAAGAGAUGAACAAACCUAACUACCUAACCCAAGAUCUCCAUCUCCCUCCCUCCCUCCCUCUCCCCCUCGCUUCUUGCUCCCCACACCCCCCCCCUCCAUCGCUUCUUGCUCCUCACCCCCUCCUCUUUAAUAAAAAUGUGGUGGAUGUUUAUUCUUGUAGUUCUACUACUGGUUCGUUUAUGCUGUUUCAUAAAAUUUCUGUUGUCGUUGAGAAGUCAGACAAAGUGGCAUGAUCUUGACAUGUUGAAAUGAAAAGCAAAUGGCUAUGUUUAGAUGAUGCGAAGUCAAAAACUGCCUGCCUACUUUUCCCUUCUACUUGUUGUUACCUAGGCAACCAACCAGCGAGUAAUGAAUCGAUCGUCAUCAAUGCAAGUUCUGCUAUUGUGAAGGACGACGUUGUUGCUGCAGGUAAGUAUAAUUUACAAAAAAAAAAUGCCUAUUUUUUGUAACCUCGCAUUUGCUGGUGGUGAGAAUCUGGCGAAAGUUUUAGAUACCUGUUUGCUCGUGAUAAUUUUCACUUUCUCUUGAACCUCUUACCCAGUUUAUUAUUAAUAUAUCUUGUUUCCCGUUAAAUAUCUAUUUUCCGAUUAUCUGCAGAAAAUAUCAAUACUCUAUUCCAGACUAAGAGAACGGCCUUAAUUACUUUUGAUAAAACUGAAUUCGCUUGUGAAAGAGGGAAAUGGAAAAAACGAUAGGUCUACAAAAAUCUAUCAUUGGUUUGCAACCUCAGUUCAAGAGAGUAUACAGAUCCAUACCUUUUUUCAAGACCGUUCGGUUAAUUCUAAACCAUCUUCAGAUUAAACGUGGCCUAACGCUAUACCUUUAGCGUCACACUGCUACCCAGUUCAGGCUCAAAGGAAGUGAAGACGAGCGAAAAAGCGAACGGCGGUCGCAGUAAUAAGAGAAACUUUUGGCGAACGAGAUCUCUCCUACUUUAUUUUUUCCCUUGUGUUUGAGCCCUACCGUCUUUCACAUGCUCGCUUUUUUGCUCGUUUUCUCUUACCAAGCCCCUGAUAUAAGACUUUACACCACCCGCCAUGAAACUUCCAAUUCAAUUUUCCACUCUUAAAUCACCAGUGGCUGGGAUGCAAUUUGAUCAGGAAAAAAUGCAAGAAAUAUUCAAUACAACUGCUGGAAGCGAGGUAUAGUAACUAUUUCUUGAUCUACAGAAACGACCAUCCAGCUAUGACUUCUUUCGAAGGACGGAUGUCUUCUGGUUUUUUUUUUUUGUAUUGUAAACUAUUUCAUUUUCUUCGACUGACUCUAAAUGUUUAUUUACAGGUCGAUUGUCAGGAUUCAGAGGUGAGAGACAUUUCAUAUAUACGCACGAUUUCUGAUUGACCUAUUGAGGCGAAAGUGUAAUAUUUUCAAUUCCCGUGCGUUUCAGGUGUACUGCCGACUGAUCAACGAUGAUGGCCUCAUACUAGCAUCAAAUCAAAAGGAUAAUGAGGUACGCAGGUAGUGGAUCAGGCCGAAUCUUUACCUGUCGCAUAAAAGUUAUUUUCUUGUCACAAAACUGUUGUUCUCUCGUCAACAAACAGUUAUCCUCUUGUUACAAAACAUUUUUCUUUGUCACACAACAUUUUUCUGACUUUCUGAUCAUAGCGUGAAUUGUUUGUACUGUGACGUUAUCAUAAAAAGAGUCGUCAACCUGAUUUACCGAAAUUCGAACCAGAUGGUUGCAUUUUCAAGUUUAUAUUUUUCUAUUUCUUCAAGGUUGGAGAAUUCUUUGGCGUUCCAGAGGGAGCAGUUUUGAAGCAUUUCCUCAAUAACUCGCAGUUUAAAGAGUACGUUUCUACACAUUCUUUCAGUAUUUCAAAAUCGAGAUUGCAUUGGAUAUAAAUUUGAGAUUUCACCAAAGGUUUCAUGAACGCUUCCCCACCCAACUUGUUGGCUAGGGCGUGUUGCCGUCAUCGUUUUAUCUCUGUUUUCUCUUUUUCCUCACUGGCUCUUUCAUAUUGUUAUUAACCUGUGUACCAGGUGCUUGUUUCAACCGAGCGCGAGUGAUUAAGUCUGGCGCGCAAGAGCGAGAUGUCACGCACGCAUCUGCUCUGCUGUGCGUUUACAGUCCAGCAGGCCCAGGUUGUUCGAAGGAUGGAUACAUCUCUAUCAUAUGGAUAGCGCAGUACGUUUUGUCAACUCAUCCAAUGGAUAGCGAUUUAUCCUUUGGAUAACGCCAUCCACCCUUUGAACAAACGGGCUUAUUUCUCAAUCUUUUUUAUAAACUUUAUGACUUUCUCAACCGUCAUUGGCGAUCAGCAGCCAAUUUGAGCACUCGUAGGACAUCGUAUGCACAUUGCUUGUAAUUGGAGAGUUUCUUAAGACAAUAUUUGUCAUUUGAGCGCGCUGCUAUUGCGACUACGGGGCAUUUUUCUUCCGAAAAAAUGUUUACCAACUCUGAUCUUACGUAAUGAUUACACUUAACUGAUUGGUUAUUUUGUUUCUCAAAAUUUGACUUGGUUUUGAGUAAUAAGGUACAGGACUUCUGUCUAAGAGCAUAUUUGUGAUGGAUUAACGAGCGUGCUCUCUCGCGGUUGUUCGAUGUUCAUCACUCGUACGAUUACAGACCAAAUCAAUUAAUGGAUUGACAUGUUUUUCUCGCAGAUUUAAUUUUAGCAACGUACAAGGAGAGUGCAAAAAGCCUCAGAAAAUCGUAUCCAGUGCUCGGACACUUCUGAAUGUAAGACCACAAACUUGUAAUCUUUUCUGAUAGUUCUCAAACAAAUCACGUCUAACGAAGUAAAAGUGUUUCUUUUUUAUUUUGAUUACUGAUUUUUUGUUCCCUUUUUCAGCCUCUCUUUGCAGUGUCAUCGUAUGUACAAUUCUGGACCCAGACUGUGUUUUGGUAAGAUGCAAUGUGUUUGUUUGGAACAGAGAGAAAAAAUAGUUCAUAGGUUUUCUUGACUGGUGGAUUAAAAAAUGGCGACACCUAGUAGAUCCUGUACGUUGUAGAGCCAUAUUUCAUAUUGACCGGCGAACGUAAUCAGGGAUCGUUUUACAAAUUCAGUGCGCUUUUCAAUUGAGUGUAGUGAAACAAAACAAAACUAAUCACAACGACCAAUCAGAAGAAAGGAAAAUACCGUUAAGAGCCAAUGAGAACUCAAGAUAAAACGUACCAAACUGCCUAAAGCGCGGGAAAACGUGAGCGACCAAGUCGUGAUUGGUUUCAGUUUUACAUCUGAUUGGUUGAUUAAGAAUGGCGCGAGUUUUCUGGACCAAUCACAGAGCGAAGUAAAGCAACUCGGGUCACUUUCGAUACUCAAUUGAAAACUGUUCUAGUGCUACCUUUCAGUCUCAACCAAUCAGAUGCAAAUUUUAAUCCGUGACGUUUUGCUCCUACCAUUUUCACGCGCGUCAGGCAGUUUGCGUCGAAACUUCGUAUCUAGACGUAUCAAACAAACCCGGUUAUUCCUACCUGGUGAAGUAAUAUUUACUCCAAAUUAUUUCGCAGGUCUUUGAUGCAGUUCAACAUAUACAGUUUCUUUUCUCGUGGUAAUACGGGUGAGUUUUAGUGAAGCUUUUCGGUGUUUACUCUUGUCUGAAAGAGAUAUAGCACGCUAGCAAGGAUUUUCAUUGGACAUAUGAAAGUCCGCGCAGAGGUAGUUGUUGCUCCCUCUCACGUAUUGUUUUGUCUGUUUUUAGCCCUGGCGGAAGAAGAAGAGGAGAUGAAAAUUCCUUGUACGCAAGAACUCAAAUUUUACAAAGGAGAAAAUUUUACAGAAAAGAAAGGUAAGAGAUUAUUGCCAGUGGCUAGCUUGAGCAGGGCACAGUAUAACAUGAUGUUUGCAUAAAUCCCGUUUAACAUUGCUGGAAGGGUUUUAUUUUCUAUCCUCAUCAAACCUGAGCUUCACUUUGUCUUUGUCAAAUUGUUCAAGUUUGUCGUUUGUAAUCAGCGUUGAUCUUUUCCACCUUUAUCAACUUCCCUUCAUCUGGGCUUUUUUCUUUCCCUUUUGGUUUUUGGGUAUACUUGAAUUUCAAGGCUUUUGGCUACCUUACGACAGUGUUCCAUAGUUGGUUAAGAAUAUAUGAAGGUCAUAUAUUUGAACUGCGGAUAAAAUAACAUGAAUGAAAUCAUGACCAGCUCCCAGUUAGCUUGUUAGCUUAUCGCAGAGGUCAUGGGUUCAAAUCCCGUACAGGCCUGAAUUUUUUCAGGCCUUAUUUUUUCACUACUGCCUAAGUAGUGCACAUCACUACGAAGAUCACUUUCAUUCAUGUCUUUAUCCGCAGUUCCUGAAAAAAUCUUUCCAUCAUUUAUUUAGAACCACCAUCAUGACCAGCUCCCAGUUGGCUUGUUAGCUCAGUUGGUAGAGCGCUGCACCGGUAUCGCAGAGGUCAUGGGUUCAAAUCCCGUACAGGCCUGAAUUUUUUUCAGGCCUUAUUUUCACUACUGCCUAAGUAGUGCACAUCACUGCGAAGAUCACUUUCAUUCAAGUGUUCCAUAGUGCUACCAAGAAUGCAGAUAUGAAGGGAAGGUGGAGCUGUUCCUGUAUAUGCUAAGAUAGAGGAGAGUUAAUCCUUAACCCUUUACACCCUAACAUCAGUAUUCAUAUAUUCUCCAUACUGUUCUAUAUACAUUUACUGAGGUGCUGACAAGGGGAAUUUGUUUAACAAUCAAGUUUCUUUAGGUGGUGAUCAUUUCCUUAAUUCUCAUGACAUUAAUGAGUGAUUCAGUGGUGAUAUUGUAAGGAGAAAUUAGAUAUUACAUGUUAGUCACUCCUAAGGGUUAAAUGGUUAAUCCUCAAGAAGACAGUUUGAAGCGAGUGACACAAGCGAGAGAGGAGUUCUCUCACUCUAUUGAAUAUGGUGGUCAAAAUUAACUUCGGUUAAUUUUCCAAGAUGGUUUAGAGUGAGGCUUUACAGCUAAAUGACCAGGGGCUUGACUAGAAAUUAUACUCCAUGGUGAUAAAAGACUGUGCUGCCCUUAAGACGAGAAAAAUCUUGUGUCACGAUCUCGAACUUAUCUCAAAAAUAAUCCUUCGCUUUGAGGACGGUCGUAUCGUUUGCCAAUAUAAAUGGGCACCGCUCUCAGUCCUCUCUAUUCCAAUCAUAAAAAAUCCUCUUCUGUUUUUUUCUCUUUUGUGUAGAAGAUGAUAUGGUUUGUCCAGAAUCCGAUUCCAACUGUGAUAAACUAACUUGGUAAGAUAGUCGAUUAUUAUUUUAUAGUUUAUCUCGUUCUUGCUGUUGUCGUAAUUUUUUUCAGUUAAAUAAACAAUUGUUUAAUUCAGCUAUUUUUUUGGUGAUGAACUCAAUUUAGAAUACACGUUAAAUGUUUUGUUAUCGUUUUUAGUAAAUUUUGUCUUCGCAUCGAACAUGAAUACGUUAAACAUUGCCCCGAAAGGCGGAUGAAACUUUUCUUAAGCAUCAGUUUGCCACAAAUACCUGGAUAACCUUCUUCUCGGUUUUUUUCUCUCUUCUUUUUUUUUCAGGAUUGUGUACCCAGCACCUGUUAAGAAUACAAAUCUUCUGUUGGUGAUAGUUAAGAAGAAUUGUCAGUGCGAAGACAACGAGAGAAUAAAGGUUACACUCACACCAAAGGACUGUAUCCUUUUGAAAUGAUUACUUCUGUAAUCUAGGGUAGGGCCCGAUACGGGCUCAUGACAACAGCAUAAACGAGGAGCACACACAGAAUUUGUUAAAAUUUAAUAUUCUUAGCUUCUCGUUAACAUGUGGGACCCCAUUAAUAAUGUGUCGCGUUGUUGAAACUUUCCUUGAUUGCAUGUACUCACAGUUGUAUCCAGUAUAACAGAACCUAGGCUUAUGUCCUACAGGAAACCUCCGGAACUAGAAUCACUUUGCAAAGCCAAAGGAGAGGUAGGGAAAAUAGUUUCAGUUAGACCACAAUGGAAACCACGUGCUUUGUGUCUUUAUUAGUUAGAGGUCUUACUGGCUGAGUAGUAAGUGCGCUGCCCUCGGGAUUCAGCGACCCUUGUGUCGAGUAUUGACACCUGAACUAGGAUGCUAUGUCUUGUCCUCAUCUCGAGGGGAUCAGCAUCGCAUCCUAUUGGGGAGCAAUCUGAAGGGGAGCAGCUUCUCAUUCUUUUGAAAAAGCAUGUAGUCUCGGGGAAACACCAUUUGUCGUCGGGAGUAGCAUCUCUUGCAUCAAGACUGGUCACCAUCUAAAUCUCAUGGAAGUAAUACUGGCUCCGUACGGUUAUAUACGUUGCCAUCCCUGGUAUAGAUCUUUAACCUAUUAAAUUUCUUGCGUUACUCUUUGACUACUAUUAAUUAAGUUGUUUUUGUCUCAGGGCAAACCUCCUUGUGCCUCGGCCAGCCUUUGUUCCCCUCACCUAAUCACUCUGCUCAUUCUGCUCACAAUCUCUCUUCUUCUUCCAACCAAUCAUCACGGGAGAUGAGUAACUGGACUAUAUCGACUUCAGACGAUACUGAGUGGACUCCCUGUGGUUACUUGAGCUUAACGAACGCUUUACAGUGAAAAAAAAAUAGCUUUAGACACGUCAACAAAACAGUAGAUACUGCAAGAGAUGAUGUCUUGAUAUUCCGUCAAAUACUCUUGUCAAUCAAAAAGAGGCGUCAGUGACGAGCGAAUUUAACACUCAAGCGGACUGAUUUGCAGAAGACUGCGAAUUACCCGAAGGGCCUGGAAUUAACUUAAAUUUUAAUUAAGCUGAGCUUGUAAAACACAUUUUUAUUAGAAGUAUUUAUACUUUUUGUUUUUCCUUUCUUGUUUUAUAUGUGACAAUUUUAAAAUCGAAAUACCUAUGCAAAUGUGCAAGGAUUUUUAUGCCUUGAACCGUUGUGCCUAGAGUGGUCAAGCUUCUAGUACACCUUCUCGUUUAAUUUCCAUAGAGGUAGAGAAAUAACGGCACUCUGUACUUAAUAGCUUAGUGACAAAUCUCACCGAUUCUUUGUGACAUUUUGUCUUCGUGUUUUUGUCUUUUUAUCACGAACAAAGUGCUAUGCCAUGCCUGUUAAUUUGACUGAUACUUUUAGUCUCGCACAGGUAAAGAAGUUUCUCGAGCUAAGGUAGUUUCAUCAGAAACACACAUCUGUAAUCGUAAUUUCUUGUCGCGGGCCAUGGCUAUUGUGGAAUUCGGUGGUGUUUCACCUGGUUUUUGUGCUUUCGUUAUUGUUUUGAUCGAAAAGUACUCGACGUUAAUCAAACAACACUACAGAUAGUAACAGUUCGUUGUUUUCUGUGAGUUUAAUUCCAUAAGUCCGAAAAUAAUUUAAUUUGGUCAUCACUACCGAGUGCCCGAUUUUGCCGCUAGUGAAUUGUAUUAUAAUGUUGGUUAACCCUUUCAAAGAAGCACAUUGUAGUUUCUUUUGUAAGCUUAUAGAAUUGUGAGCACUGUUAGGUCUUAAUUAAUAGAGCAAUUUUGCGAACAGCAUACAACUCAAAUUUACAUUGUUCGUCAAUGCAAUCUACACGCACUAAAGGUUUUGUAGCAAAGUGAUCAGUUUUAAUAAAUAGGAUAACCAGAAACAUUUGUGCAGUCUUGGAUCGCUUUGCAGUCCAUAACGUCAUUUGUACGGCACUUAUAUUAAAGGAAUUAACUGCUCCUUGUGUUUUCUGUUAAUGAAUGCGAUAAUUCGGGAGUAAAACGAAAAUGCGACUGGUUUAAGUAGAUGUUUAAUAAAUAUUUG